CUACAAGGGGAAGGGGUAAAAAUAACAAAAAUAAAAAUACGAGAGGAAAAGCGGGUCACCAAGUCGGUAGACUACCUCAAUCACCUGGACCUGAUUCUCAGGCCAUUCCACCCUGGAGGACAGUCUCCAACAGGGGGAACGGACAGGGUGGUGGGAGGGGUGGCGUCCCAGGGGGGGCCCCACCUCUGCCCACCUAUAAUUACUAUGCACCUUUGCAGAACUAUUGGGAAGGACCUCCUCCUACCAAUCAGCAUUUUUUAGGGCAGGGGAGGACCCCUUGGAGGGGACCUCCGCCUUACCCACCUCCUUGGAUAGGGGAUUGGGGGGAGAACGGUCCUCCUCCUCCAAGUCAGACCCCAAGGGGGAAAUCCACCCUAAAGAGAAAAAAUCUAGAGGGGUCAGAGGCGGUAGAAGAGCCCAAAAGGCCAAGGUCCUGAUAGGUACUGGAAUUUUUAACCUUAGCGGAGUUCCUUUGACCGAUGAUGAAACUAGAGUUUUAGAUAGAGGCUUAAAAUUUGCCCCGAUCCGGAAUAUGAACAAAUUUCAGACUUAUGUCAAUGUACAAAAGUACACCAGAAGUCUGAAUAUGAAAAAGUAUUUCUUGUCUAAUCCAAUAGAGAGGAAUUCCUCCGGGAUUACUCCGGGUCAUUCGAAUCUUAGGAACCGCUCUACUUUUAACCCACAAUAUACAGAUACUAGGCAUCUUGAUGUCUUUCGCAAUAUGGUGUGUAAAGAUUUGGAAAGUCUCAACAUCAAGAGAGUGAAAGAUUCUCAAUGUAUUAAGCGUGGAAUUUUAUCACUAGAAAAACGGAAUGAUAUAGUGAUUCGUCCCGCUGAUAAGGGGGGGGGGCUUGUUGUGCUCAGUAAGGCUUAUUAUUUCGAGGAGAUGAGCAGACAUUUGAGUGACCGUAGUACUUAUUCUGUAUUGCGGGGUGAUCCUAUGGUGAUGUAUAAAAAUGAGCUGCAUUCUUUGGUGGAAGUGGGUAAGGGUAAGGGUGUUCUGACCAGUAAGGAGGCCUCUUAUUUAGAUCCUUUUUACUGCCGGACUCCCAUUAUCUACUUUCUACCGAAAUUACAUAAGGAUGCUGAAAGGCCUCCUGGCCGCCCUAUUGUAAACGGCAUAGAUUCCGUCAGUUCCCGAUUGGGACAAUAUCUUGAUGUUUUUCUACAACCCCUUGUAUGUAGGUUGCCUGCUUACCUCAGGGAUACUAAACAGAUCAUUCAGAUUUUGGAUACUAUCCCCUGCACUCCCAAUACCAUUCUUGUGACUGCAGAUGUAGGGUCGCUCUAUACCAUCAUCGAUCACGAAGCAGCCUUGACUUCGGUUCGUUGGGCGUUAGAGUCCUCCGACCUUAGCUACGAUCAUGUGCAGUUCUUGCUGGAUUGCCUUAAAUUUUGUUUGUUAAGAAAUUAUUUUUGGUUUAAUAAAGAAUUCUUUCUUCAGCAAUGUGGAGUUGCUAUGGGAGCCCGUUUCGCUCCCAGUGUGGCCAAUCUCUUUAUGGCACACUGGGAGCGUGACGUUGUUUUCCAAGAUAGACCGCACCAGUUGCGGUGUUACCGUAGGUACAUUGAUGACCUUAUCAUGGUCUGGGAGGGUGACCUACCCUCAUUACAAUUAUUUAUGGAUAAACUGAAUUCUAAUACCAAGAAUAUAGUUUUAACUUGGACAGUCUCCCAUGAUAAGAUAAACUUCCUUGACCUUGAGAUAUUCAAGUCAGAUAAUGUGCUUUUAACCAAAAAUUAUUUUAAAACAGUUGAUCGUAAUGGAUAUAUUCCUUUGUCAAGUUGUCACCAUCGUCUGUGGCUAUGCAAUAUCCCGCGAGGCCAGUUUGUGAGGCUCCGCAGGAAUUGCACCCUGGAGUCGGAUUAUCUGGCCCAGUCGCAGGAAUUAUCUAAUCGAUUUGUGUCUAAAGGUUACUCUCGCCCCUUGAUUAUGCAAGAAACGGAAAAAGUUAGGCUGUUAGAGAGGAGUGUUAUUGUAGCUGACAAACCACCCAUUACUGAUAAGGAGCCAUCUAACUUCAAAAUGGUGCUUGACUAUAACAUUCAUCUUGCCAUCAUUUAUGACCUGUUACAUGAGACUGUCUUUCACAACCUUACCUUACUAGCAGAGUUUGGCUGUUCCCCACCCAAAUAUACAGCAUGA